CGUCCGCAUAGCAGGCAGAAAUGUUACCAGUCGAUGAUAUCAGUUGAAAUGAUGUUUUGGUGGACUAAAAAUAAUUUGGAUUGGAGGAAACCAUCCCAUCCCAUCCCAUCCCGUGAUCCCAGGCCCCACAGCCGCUACUCUUUAACUCACUGCUUAGUUUUUGAAAACUAAUAAUUAAAAAAUAAUAAUGAUAAAAAAAUGUUCGAGAAAUGCCCCAUAUAGUACGACGUGGUGAUAUUUUAUUGCCUCAUAUCGUACGUACCCGGCCGAUCCAGUUUCCACUUCCGAACCCCAACAAACACCAUUUACUCAUUUUCUCGGACAGAAGCGAAUCAAAUAUAAUCCCUGUGGGUUUUGUCUGUUCAAAUUUCUCGCCUCUCCUCUCUUGAUAAAAUAUAUAAAAAAAAAAAAAUUAUAAAAAAAAUUGAAUCUCCGGAAUUGUGAUUCUAUGAAGAAAACAACUCCAUCCUCUCAACUCAUCCGAUGCAACAAGUUAAAUACAGUCUCUUAUUCUUGUUAAUUUCCUAAAUGUUUAUGUUUACCUGAGGCUGACUGUGACUGACUGGUAUGGUGGUCUGAUUUGUAUGAAGAUGCCGUCUUUCUGUUUUCCCAGAUAUCAAAUUAGCAUCAAAAUUGCACCUUUUUCUCGUUUCCUUCAUAAAAAACGCGGCUGCUUUAUGUUUUUCCACGGAUCUUUCUUUCUUGUACAAAUUACAGUUGCCCCGUUUUCUAUCCAUGAUGUAAAACUGCUUUGUUUUGGUUGAUUUCCUUACUGUUAGCAGCCAUUGUUCAUAUUUGUUGAUGGUGCUUUUUGUAAACCAAGUGAUUCUUUUUUUCCUUUGGAUCAACACAAAUUACGCUAAUUGUGUAAUCGUAUCAUGAAAUUGAACAGAGAUGGAGUUCGAUUCUCACUUUUGGUGCUAAAGGGAGCAGCAGCCCUUCCUAGGAGCCUUUAUAGUUUAUAGGCAAGGGAGACGGUUGCCAAAAAGAAUGAUGAAUACUAAGGGCGGCGAGUGUAACUUGGUGGACAGAAUUAGUAAGUUGCCAGAAGAAAUUCUCUUUACUAUUGUGUCUCUCUUGCCACUAAAAGAAGCAGGAGCUACCAGUAUUCUUUCCAAGCGAUGGCAAUAUGUGUGGGCGUCGACUGUGACUCUCGAUUUUGAUCCUAAACAUGAGCUGGGUGAACAUUAUUGCCGCCUGCUGCGUGUAGAACCAGAACAAAAAGACCUGCUAAGACAGAGAUUUGUCGAUUGGGUAAACACUGUGGUGGAACAACAUAGAGGCCCUGUUAUCGAACAAUUCCGGGCUUACUUUGACAUAGAUGGUCAUUUUACGAGUUCCAUUGAUAAGUGGAUUCAGUUUGCAAUGAAUAAGAGAGUUCAAAUACUUGAGCUGGUGCUUUACAAUGAAUUGAGACGUAACUAUAACGAUGUCUAUCCCUUUCCUGUCCAACUAAUAGGUCUCCAAAAUGAUUCUACCUUGAAGCUAAAUCCCACCCAUUCUGACAUUUCAAGUCUACAUCCUUCUGGAUACAAUGUUGGAUUUAAGUUCCUCAGAGUUGUUCAUUUCAAAUACGUUGACGUGUCGGGAAAAGUUCUUGAAUACUUACUGUCAAAUUGUCCAGUUCUUGAAAGAUUAAAAGUGGAGAGUGCUAACAAUAAGUUGGUUAAUUUAAGAGUAGUUGGUUUGUCGAUGGCAUUGAAAUAUUUAGAUAUUCAAUUUUGUUUUGCCCUCAGAAGCAUUGAGAUUCGUGAUGCAAACCUUGUUUCCUUCAUGUAUGCGGGACGUCGGGUAAACUUGCUUCUCAGUAACGUACCUUUACUUGUAGAGGUAUGCGUGGAUGAGCGCAUUAAACCUUUCUUGUUUGAGGGUCGUAUCUACCAUCGAUCCAUAGAGCUUCCCUUCACCCAACUGUCAUGCACCUGGAGAGACUUGUGUUAA